UAUCGGGAUCUUCUAUUGACCCUGGAAUUCGACCCCUCCAAGGGCCUCCUUCCUACCCCGGCAAGCUCUCCACCGCCUCGAUCCACCGGCUCGCUCGACCCCUUGAGGUUCAAACAUUGCCAAGCACAGCUUCCAGCGUUUGACGACCUCCUGGACCGGUCAUCUUGUCUUUGUUUCUCAGCGGCGCAGCAUUCCCAGUUCAGAAUGGCGUACAACCAACAGCAACGCCAGCAGCAGGACCAGCAGAACCAGCAGAACCAACAACAGCAGCCCGACAACCGCAAUCCGAACCGUCUCCAGCUCAACUUUGGCUACAAUAACGCUCCAAACUACGCCGCCGAAUCAGGUCGUGCCUUCCCGACCACUCCCUCGACAUUCCCACAGCCAUUCCCAAACUCUCAGGGCCAGCAAGAGGUAUGGGGCACACAACAGACAAGUGGGAUCAAUAGCCAGGGAUACUUCUACAACAAUCAAAAUGGCUUCCAGCAGCAGCAGCAGCCGCAGCAGCCGUACAGUAACACAAAUUCUCCGGCUCCUGGCUACCCAAGAUCACCUGGUCCAGGUUUCAACGAUGUGACCAACGGUCUUGCCCAUCAAUUCCAGCAUCAGAACCUGGGCGGAAACACACCUCGCUCAGGCAGUCCGUACGGAAGACAGCCAUCGCCAGCGAUCUCUGGACGGCCGCGUACGGCCGGGGCGACUGGCCAGGCACAGUACAACAGCUACCUGAGUGCACCUGCGCCGCCAGUGCCACAGCAGAAUGCUACUUAUGACGACGAGCCGCCCGUGAAGAAUCCGGAGAAGUAUUCGAGCUCAAUUGUGGACCGUGUGAAGCUGCAGAAGAUGCUCACGCAGGAGUUCUUCAAGGAGAAUGUGGAGAGGGCGCGUGCACGCAAUGAACGCUGCAAGGAACUUGAUGCUAUCAUGAGCGACGCACAGCUAUCCGACUCCCGCAAAGCAAGCAAGCAGAACAGCAUGCGUCGGUCCGAGGCCAACUUUCUGAGAUUCCUGCGUACUCAUGAGAAGCCGCAAAACUACAACACUCUCAAAAUCAUUGGCAAGGGUGCCUUUGGUGAAGUCAGACUGGUGCAGAGGAAAAACGACGGCAAGAUCUAUGCGUUGAAAUCAUUGAUCAAGCAAGAAAUGCACAAGAAAGACCAACUGGCCCAUGUACGAGCAGAGCGUGACAUUCUGGCAAACGCCGACAGCCCGUGGUUGGUGAAGCUACACACAUCUUUCCAGGACAACACAUUCCUCUACAUGCUGAUGGAGUUCCUUCCCGGUGGUGAUCUCAUGACGAUGCUCAUCAAGUACGAGAUCUUCUCGGAAGAUAUCACCCGCUUCUACAUGGCAGAGAUCACUCUGGCUAUCGAGGCAGUUCACAAGCUAGGCUUCAUCCAUCGUGACAUCAAACCCGACAACAUCCUACUUGACCGCGGCGGGCAUAUCAAGCUCACCGAUUUCGGUCUCAGCACUGGCUUUUCCAAGGAGCAUUCGGCAUCCUACUACCAACAACUCAUGUCCCAGACAAAAUCCAAGUCGGUCUCGCAGAACCGCAACAGUGUUUCUCUCGACCAAAUCCAGCUCACCGUAUCGAAUCGAGCCCAGGUCAACACUUGGAGAAAGUCUCGACGUCAAUUGGCGUACUCGACUGUAGGAACGCCGGAUUAUAUCGCGCCAGAAAUCUUCAGCGGAAAGGGCUACGACUUUGGCUGCGAUUGGUGGAGUGUGGGAACCAUCAUGUUCGAGUGUUUGAUCGGAUGGCCGCCAUUCUGUGCGGAGGAGCCUCAUGAUACAUACAGGAAGAUCGUUGAUUGGCCUCGCCAUCUCAACUUUCCUGCAGACCAGCAGCUGGGACCCGAGGCCGAGCACUUCAUCCGAAGUCUCAUCUGCGACCCUGCCAACCGCCUCGGACGUGUUAGUGGAGCUCAAGAGCUGAAGAACCACCCGUUCUUCCACGGCGUCAAUUGGGAUGGUCUCCGCAAGAUCCGCGCUCCGUUCGAGCCCAAGCUCCAGAGCAAUGUCGAUACACAGUACUUCCCAAUCGACGAAAUCCCUCAAGUCGACAACUCUGCUCAGCUCCGCGCGCAGACGGACGCCCUUGGCGGCGAUGACUCGACGCUCAGCCUGCCGUUCAUCGGCUAUACGUACAAGCGCUUCGACGCUUUCAGAGGCAGCUAGACUGCUCAUCCUGCUUCAAUCAGCGCUUUCGGUGGCGUUUGCAUUGCAUGGUUGAGCGGAAUAAUGGAGUCAACCUUUACGGCGGCAUGUGUAAUGAAAUGUAGACGGCCGAGCGAGCGAGAGAAGGUGGUCGAAGGCAAAGAUGGAGCCGAAUUGAGCGACGGCCACGUCAGGAGAAGCGAGCCUACAUAGGCCGACUCUGGACUUGCCAAUGCUCCGAGCAUGCUUCUUGUUCAAGGACUCUGCCUUCUUGAGUUUGGGCAAUUUCAGCUGCGUCUGGCAGCCCUCUGCCCUAAAUGGAGAGCCUGCACUUGGGGCCUUUUACGGCAGCGAUUGGUAGCUCUCUCGUGGACGCUGUGACACGAGCAUGUAGAUGUCUUUUGCACAGUCGGUUUCUGUGUAAUGUGAAAGGCC